GGCCGUAGUAAACUAUACAUGUCGGCCCUUUGUAAGUAAAAAAUAGAACGCUAUCAUAAUUGGAGGCAGACAGUUAUUGAGCCAUUAUUUUUCCAGACCAAAAUGUUUGUUGGGUGAUGUAGUAUUUAAUACCCUCAAUUUUGAAAUUUAUAAUAUCUCUACUUGGGUUGGGUUAAAACAUCUUUCUCCUACCUUUAUUUUCUAGUGCUGCACCUCAGUUUCCUUUGCUCCUUUACACUAAUACUUUUAUUUUGAUCUUUAUAUCUUUAACCCCUUCUCAAACUUUUUUAAAUUAUACUCGUUCCUUAUCUUUAGUAAACUUUAUUUCCUUUGACUACAAACUUUUUUAGACCUUGCAUUUAAUAUUUAAUUUUAUUAAACUCCCCAAUGACAAAUCAAAAUUCUCCUAUCUGAUUUUUUAUUUCAAAAAUACCCUUUUAAGUAAUAGUAUUGAAUAAUGUCAUUUUGACAAAUGAUAUAAAAAACCAUGACGUAUACUUUUGUCCCCCCGAAAUAAUGGUUCCAUUAAAAAUGAGUUGUACUUACUAGGCUAUAAAAACGUACCCCUUAAAAAUAUUUUUUUUCAAUACAUAAAAACUUCUUAUCGCACCUGAUUGAUGCCUUCUUAAGUUUUACCCCGCUUGUUCCUAUCACCGGUAUGUUCGCAUAUUUCUUGUACGUCCUCAUGGUUCCGUUACUUGGCCAGUCUAGUGAAGAAGCCAACGCUGCGUCAUCUAACUUGAAAUAUGUGGUGAAAUCGUCUAAACUCUUACCAAAAUUUCUAUUAUUUUGUAUGUUAUUGUAAGACAAUAAUCACAAAAUGUGAAUAACAAUAAAUUAGGACCGAAGGGGUUUGGUGAAUGUGUUUGUGGUGAUCAGUUUAAAACAUUGUGACCUAAUUUUUUUUAAAUACUGUAAUUCUGAAAAAUAUCUCACCAUCCGAUAAUUUCAAGUUAAUUAUUGAUGUAACUAACAGUUACUUACUGUGUUUUUUUAAACACGCAAGAUUAAUCUUGGUUGGCCAUGUAAAAGUGUGCGGUAGGUCAUUGUCUGGUCCUUAAUUAAAAAAAAAAUAUUUAAAAAAAUUAAACAGUGCACAAAUUGUCAGAGGAUUUUCUCCGUGCGGUUUUUUAAAUUAUAAAAUGAACACUGUAUGUCACUUUUUGUACGUUAUAUGUGACUGACCUGGUCCAACAUGGCACUAUUGACUUUUUUAUGGAUUAAAAAUGCAGUGAUGUUCAUCUCGUUUGUACUGCUGUGUUCAGAUAUUAAUGCACUAAACGACGUUUAUUCCAAUUCUUUCAUUUCUCCAAAUUCAGCGAACGCAGAAGCAGACGACAAUGUGGUUCAGGCAAUGCAGACAUCUAGACCCAAAGAUAUCAAAGAAUCUGAAAAAUCUGUUACUACAGACUUUACCAGCGAAGAUAUUUCGAUGAUAGAAAAAAACAAAGAUCUCUCUCUUUCUUCAUCUGCUUCUAGAGUUCUUCGCUCUGCAGAUCCAAUUUUAUCUCAAACGGCCAUCACAAAUGAGUUUAAUGUCUUCAAAAAUGUAGAAGAAGCUUUGGAUAGCAAUGAUGUUGAGCUAUCUGGAAGACUAGCUGGAUAUAUUCAACCAUCAAAAACGGAAAAAGACUACCCCUCGACCGAUGUUCAUCAAAAAACCGAACAACUGUCGGGGGAAUGGAUCGGGGCUCCGCUUCAAGCACGGUCAUUGCCUCUGCGGGAGCCCCAAGAAGUCAUUCCCAGUGCCACAAUGACAACGACGAGUUUUGCUACCCAAUCGCACCUACCAUUAAAUCGUGGUCGACAAGCCAACCCUGAUAUUCAAGAUAUUAUUACGGGUAUCGUUAAACUAUUAAAUGGCAACGUAAAUGUUCAAGCUAACACAGGACCAGUGGUUGGCAGACCUCUACGGCCUCUUUCCACUAGAAUAAAUAACAGAGGACCUCCUAGGAUAACGGAUGUUCCUGCUUUACCUCCAGAUUUUGAUGUACCAGCACCUUUACCUCCUCCACCUUUAGGCCAAAUGCCACCACCGAUGUCCACUACAAGAAUUCCUACUCCUUACCCGUUUGAUGUUCCUCAUCCAAACAUGUCACCUGUACGCCCUAUGACAGGUAGCGGAACUAGCAUACCUAUAUCCGAUCAUUCUAUAAAUAACAAACGCCCAGGUUUUCUUAGACCGCAAACUAUACCUCCUUGGAAGAGGCGUCGUCCUCCCAAUUCUAAUAACAGACGUCAACCAAUACCAUCCUAUAAACCGUUGCCACCAUUCUCUUCAGAAAUGAUUAGUUUGACAUCAGAGAAACCUAUGGAGGAUAUUUUGACUUUAGAUAUGAGUUCUCACUUAUCUUCAAAUGGUGAUGAAGGUUCUUAUUACCCAGAAGAGGAAGAAGUACGAAAUUCUACGGAACUACCCGAUGUUGAAACUAAUGUCGCUCAUGAAUCAUCGGUUGAGGUUGAUAAAGAAACAGCAGACUUUGAGAAAAAUAAGGAAAAGAUAAAGAAUAUUACAAAAUCAGAUAAAUAUACCAGCAAAACUACAAUUGUAACACCAACUUUCAAUCCAGACAAGAGAUCUGAAGAAACCAAAACUACCGAAGAACAGACUAUACUUCUGAAUACUUUAAGUUCAUCAGCCUUACCGAUUACAAAUUCCAAUGAUUCAUAUGAAGCUAAAACGUCAUCAUCAAUAGAUCCAACAAGUACUUCUACUGAAAUUACCUCAACUUCUGCUAUAAAUGAAACUAUGAUAAUUAAUGAUAGUAGUACCACUACAAGUACAAAUAGUGUUGUACAUCAAUCUAUUAUAGAAUCUUCCUUAAUAGAUAUAUUUCAAACGUUGAGAGCAGACAUAUUAGGAGAGAAAGAGACUUCUAGUUUUUCUAGCACUGCGACUGAUAAAUUACCUACAAUUGAUAAUGUUAAUGGUACUGGAGGAAAAAUAGAGAUUUCUACAUCAGAACCGUCAAAUUUCAACAAAUCUUCAACAUCAACAGAUUUUUCCAAUUUUCCAUAUAGACCAAGACCUGGUAUUGUAUUGGAUGACACAGAAUAUAAACCUGGUGGGUCACAUAGGCUGCCUAUUAUAACAAGACCUCCUAUUGGUCAAAUUGGAGAUAUUUUUGAUGUAACAGUUUCAGCCAUUCAAGGACCAGGAGCUUCUUCCGGAGGUGAAGGAAAGCCAUACGUCAUACCAGUUGAUAUAGAAAAUAUUCAUUCUGGCGAUGUCAUUACAUCAUCUUCUGGUACAGAAGAAUUUGUCAGUAUUGAUGGUAAAAGAACGUACCUCAACCUAUUUGAAGAUUCGACAUCUAAAGCAACAUCUAUCAAACCAACAGGAAUAGCAGCAGCAAAUAAUCAAGUUUUUGCUACUGGAUAUGCAGUGGCAGAAACUGAGAAGAUUCAUAGACAGGGUUCCGUCACAAAGCCUACUCUUCAAAGAAGGCCUGGGUUUGGUAGACCUAGAUCUACUCCACCACCUGUUAGGAUAGACACUUGUAUUGUUGGAGACGACUCAACAUGUGAUGGUUCUCAACACGAAAUUUGCAGGACAGAAUCAGGGGUAAGCGCCUGUCAUUGCAGACCUGGAACAGCUAGACGAAAACACAGAGACCCAUGCCGUAAAAUUGUGUCAAUAUUGUUAUCACUGAGGGUUGAUAAAAUAUAUGAUCGAAAAGUUGUGUGGGCCAAUGAAUUAGGUGAUCAAAAUAGUGACAGUUACCAACAACUUUCUUAUGAAGCUGAGAGAGCAUUGGAAUCUGCUAUGUCGAUGACACCGUUUAGUGAUGAAUUUCUUGCCGCUAAAGUUAAUAGCAUAUAUAGAGGAGACAGGGCCCAGGGACAAGCUGGCGUUUUUGUCAAUUUAACAUUACAACUAGACGAUAAUGCUGAUACCGCUAGACCUACAGUUAGAGGAGAUAUUCAACGUCACCUUUUAGGGGUUAUACAGAGAAGAAGUAACAAUGUUGGAGAUAGUGCGCUGUGGGUUGAUAGUCCACCUGGAUCUAUUUCCAAUCUACAAGAUGUUGACGAAUGUUCAUCUCCAGAUCUGCACGAUUGCCAUUCUCUAGCUAGAUGUGUAAAUCUGUUUGGAGGUUUUAAAUGUGAAUGUUUGGAAGGAUUUCGCGAUCCUUGGUUGGAUAAUAAACACCGCGCAGGACGUUUUUGCGAACAAUGCCCCCCACAACACUGCAAUAAUAGAGGAGAAUGUCUUUAUCAAAAUGGUCAAGAAGUUUGCAAAUGUGUUGGAAAUUACUAUGGUGCUCAAUGUGAACUCGAUGGUGAAGUUUUAGGAGUUGCAAUUGGAGCAAGUGUAGCUGCCGUAAUAAUUAUUGCAUUAACUCUUGUUUGUUUGGUAAUGUGGAGUCGUCGUUGGAGUAGGGAGCAGAAGGCAGCAGUAGGAAGUCCAGUGUUCGGAUACAUGGCGACAGCUAGCAAUACUGCUAAAACUCCUGUUGUUGGAGCUCCUCCUUAUCAAUUGACACUUGAAGACAGACUUAGAUGGGCCCAAAUUGCUGAUGUCAUGGCUCAGGCGAAUCAUUAUGCGCCGGAACCUGGUUUAACCGGCCCAACUCGCCCUUCUUCAGCUUUAUUUGGAUAUCCUAGUCUCCCAAUGACUGGAACUAUGUCCAUGCAUGGUCAUGGUGGCACUCUUCCCCCAGUACCUUUGCCCAGACUCACUCUACAAGCUCAGAUGGCUGCACGUGCUGCUAGUAUUGCAAGCGCCAGGCACCUGGAUAAUACCAGUUCUAGUGAAGAAGAAGAUAAGGCAGAUCUUUUAGGAAGAAACUUCCAAGUACCAAGACCGAAGAGUAGAAGCAAUGCUUCAAUUGCUAAUCAAAGUGGGAUCUACUACGAUGUUGAUUAUGACCAAAACGACGGUUACAAACAAUCAGGAGGAAUCCCAUUGAGCACUUACAGCAUGGGAAGACAACCGUUUUUUAGAAAUUAAAAAUUAUGAGGUUAUUUUUGUAUAUAUUUAAAGUAUAGUAGGUACUAUUCUAUACAGUGAAAUUAUCAGUGUCGAUAAGAUUAUUGUAAGAGGUAGAAGGGUUAUUGGUUUUGUUUAUUAAAUUCCUACUUUAAACCCGGAAUUUAUUAUUAUAGGCUAUCAACUGUCUAAAUGGUAAAUUCUCGGUAUAGAGACAAAUUUUUCUAAAAAAUUACCAGUAUUUGUUAUAUAUCUUUGUAUUAAACCUAAUUUUUAAGUUAAAUUAUGAUUUUUAAAAUAUUUUGAAAACUUUGGAGGAAACUAAAAUUUUGCUUUAGUAUUUUUGACUACUACUAUUAAAAUGUAAUUUAAAAAUUAAUGAGAAACACCAUAAAUGCAACGAGUGGCACACAAAAAUAUUUGUAAAAUAGGCCAUAAACGUGAUAACUGGGCACGGCUUUGAAUUAAAUCUAAAGUGACUUUUAAAAAAGAUGAAUCGUCCGGUUUCAACAUGCAAAAAUUUUUCCAAGGCCUACUUUAGAAAAAAAAUUGUGGAUCGCUCAUUAUGAUUUUUAGGUACACACAUAUACGACAUUGAUUGUAUUUCAUUUAAUUUUACAGAAAUAGUAUUUUUGAAAUGUUUAAAAUUACACUUUUUGAAAAUAUCAUUAGUAACGAGAAAAAAUAUUACCUAAACACUAUAAAUAUAAUUAUGACUAAUUAUUACGAAUGAACAUUAUUUUAGAAUACCUAUAAUUUUUUCAGUUAUUAAUUUAAAUUCACAAAUCUAUUUGUUAAUGCGUUUUUUCUCAGCGUACCUGUCAUAGUUGGCUUUUAAUUUUAAUAUUAUAGAUUACCCAUUUUAUUAUUUUUAAAGUCUGUUUUUUACAAAGUGACAGGUCGUACUUUUUCAAAUUUGGUCCAUAAAUAUUGAUAUAAAUAAAGUUUACUGCGACGUUGCCUAACUGGUUGCAAACAUAUUUAUUUCCUUUGUGGGAAAAAACCCUCGAUAAAUAAUUUUGGUUUUCUCUGUAGGUUUUUAUAUUUUUUAAUAAUUUUAUGACAUAUUCCAGUAUAAACAAGACUUAUUCUUAUAAUGUAAAAUGUGUUUUUGUUAUUUAUAAUUGUUAAUAAUUUAUUAGUUGUUAUGUUAAUUGUUGUAUAUAGGUACAUUUUACAUAUUUUUUACACUUCCAAAUAAAUUACAUCAAU